AUGGCGGUAACAUGGAGGUCAAAGUGGAGGUGGCAUACAGGUUACAGCGCUGACUCCGUUGAAUGGUGUCCUUUAGAACCCUAUAGACAUGUGUUGGUUUGUGGAACGUACCAACUGGAGAAAAAUGACGAAGGCAGAGAUGGAGUUGACCAACCUAAGCAGAAGAGACUGGGUAGAAUAUAUCUUUUCUCUAUAGAUGAGAACACUACUCAUUUAUCACCUACACAAGAGUUAGACACUGCUGGUGUUCUAGAUCAAAAAUGGUGUUAUCAUGCAAUACAAGAUUACCCAGUUCUGGCAGUUGUGACUUCAGAAGGGAUAGUCCAACUUUACCGCUUGAUGGAAGAAAAUGGCACACUGAGCUUGCGACUGUGGAUAGAAAAUACGAUAGGUGAAGAUAUGUUAGCGCUGUCCGUUGAUUGGUCGUCGAAUAAAUCAUUAGCACAAGAGCCUAAUUUAGUUGUAAGCGACUCAUCGGGUUCCGUGACUGUUUUUCGCAUAGGUGACGGAUGCUUACAAAAGAUUGGUCACUGGACAGCACAUUCAUUUGAAGCCUGGAUAGUGGCAUUUAAUUAUUGGAAUACGUAUUUAUUUUAUUCAGGUGGUGAUGACUGUUUAUUUAAAAGCUACGAUGUAAGAAUACCAGAAGCAAUCGUAACUAAUCGUUGCCACGAGGCAGGAGUAACUUCAAUCAGAAGUCAUACGGAAGUAGAACAUCAACUACUAACUGGCAGUUACGAUGAAAAGGUUCGCCUCUGGGAUGUGAGACAACUGAAACGCUGUAUAAGUGAAACAGAAGUAAACGGUGGCGUUUGGCGUUUGAAAUGGCAUCCAUUUGACAAAUGUGUCAUUUUAGCGGCUUGUAUGUAUGGAGGUUUUCGUAUUCUAAGAGUUGAGGAGAAAGCUAGCGUGAUCUCAGAGUAUUUAGAGCACGAAAGUAUCGCAUACGGAGCCGACUGGAAGUUUGAUCAAAAGUUGUCGUUAAUUGCUACCUGUUCGUUUUAUGAUUGUAGUAUGCAUAUAAGUGAAAUAAAUAUGUAAACUACGGGUCAUAUUGUUUAUUCAAAAAAUAAAAAAGAGAAAAGUAGGAUGCAAAAGCAAAAUUUUAUUAAAAUGAAAGUUAUUCUCGUUUUAAACAUGUUGUAUUUCAAUUUGCUUAUAAUGUCAUGAUAAAUAUAAUUUUAUAACAAUUACAUACUUAAUAAAGUCAUUAUUUAUCUGCCA